UCACAGUAAUUUAGGGAAAGGAUGCGUGGAUGGAGAAGGAUCCCAAGAAAGAUAUUCUAUUUCACUACAAAAGUGCAAAUCAUUCCGACAUUGUGCUGAAGAACCUCAACGCUCUAAGAACUAGUGAGACAUUAUGCGAUAUUACGUUUCUCUGUGAGGGCCGUCAGAUAAACGCCCACAGAGCAGUACUAUGUGCUAACACUUCGUACUUUAAGUGCAUGUUCAACAUUGGUAUGAUAGAGUCGUCAGCGAAACAAGUUCCCAUAAAAGGUGUAUGCGGAGAAGCUUUUGAGAGGUUAAUAGAUUAUUGCUACACUUCUGAGAUAGUGAUAGAGUCUCAUAAUGUUAAAGCCUUGCUCUCUGCCGCAAGUAUUCUGGAUUUUCAGGAGAUCCAAGAUGCAUGCGAGCAGUUCCUGUUGGACCGGAUAACUAUUGAGAACUGUGUGAGUAUCAGUCUCUACGCCUCCCACCACUCGUGUAACAAGCUAUUGGAAGGAUCAGACACAUAUACAAGGGCCCACUUCUUGGAGGUGACGAGAUGUGCGGAGUUCUCGAACUUAGAGUUGGAGCACCUUGUCAAGCUCAUAUCUCACGACGAACUUAAAGUCUCUUCCGAAAUCGAGGUGUUCAACGCGGUGGUGAAGUGGGUGAAACAUGACGAGGAUAAGAGGAGAUCACUUCUCCCUGAUAUUUUAGAGCACGUCCGCUUUGGGGUCAUGUCUCCUAAAAUUCUACUGGACUGUGUACAAACUGAAAUACUAGUCUCUGAGAACGUCAAGUGUAAAUCACUUCUGGACGAAGCUACCGCAUAUCAUCUCCUACCUCAGAGACGGUCAGAGUUUCCCACCAUAAGAUCCAAAGCGAGGACCUAUCUAGCGAGCUCUAUCUACGCAGUCGGCGGGGAGAACAACACCGGGAUAAAGUUAGCCAGUGUAGAACGCUAUGAUAGUGAAGUUAACCGCUGGAUUCAGGUAGCGCCAAUGAACAUGGGAAGAUCAAGUGUAGGCGUGACCUCAUGCAACGGAGCCCUCUACUGUGGAGGAGGGUUCGGAGGACGAGUCUUCCUCAACUCAGUCGAGUGUUACACUCCGUAUGAUGACACGUGGAAGGUGGUCGCGCCGCUCGCAUGUCCUCGGUCUUGUCUUGGGAUGGUUUGCCUAGAUGAUUUUGUGUAUGCUAUCGGCGGACGGAGAGAAGACGCACGACUUGCGACUGUCGAAAGAUAUGACUGUCACCGAGACCAAUGGUUUGAUUCGAGCCGGAUGGCAACCUCCCGCAGUGCUGCUGGUGUAACGGUUAUUGAUGGGUGUAUUUACGUUGCUGGGGGUUACGAUGGUUAUACAGAUUUGAACACUGUGGAGAGAUACGACCCGAGAAUAGAUAAAUGGUGUAUGGUGGCACCCAUGAAGAAAAAGAGAUCUUUAACGGCAGCAGUAACACUGAAAGGAUGUAUAUACGUGCCAGGAGGGCAGAUUCUGAUGACUCUUCUAGACUCUGUUGAGUGCUAUGAUCCUAGGAACAACUUGUGGUAUCCUAUGAGCCCUCUUCUUUCCUCCAGGUAUGGUUGUGGUGCAGCAGUUUUAGGAGAGAAUAUGUUUGUAGCUGGAGGAUGUGAUGGUGCUCACAGACUGUCCUCGCUGGAGAUAUACGAUCCAGUGCGGAACACGUGGUCCACAAUGGAGCCAAUGAGCGAUCAGAGGCAUUCCCUCGGAAUAACUGCUCUUUGAAGAGUAGUCAACUACAUUCCCUCGGAGUAACUGCUCUUUGAAGAGCAGUCAACUACAUUCCCUCGGAGUAACUGCUCUUUGAAGAGUAGUCAACUACAUUCCCUCGGAGUAACUGCCCUUUGAAGAGCAGUUAACUACAUUCAAUCCAUUGAUGCUUCACGACGAA